UCCUCCUCACAGUAUAUAAAAGGUGGGUGUUUCAAAGUACUUCACCUCUUUGCCUUUUCAGCAGCCUGACCAGGGGGAAACAUCCAAGCCUCAUCAUGAGCAGAAACUACCUGUCCAAAAAUGACGAGCUCCGCAAAGGCGACUACCUCUUGUCCAACAACAGGGAGUUCAAGGCAAUUUUUCAGGAUGAUGGGAACUUUGUGAUCUAUGGCUGGAAACCUCUGUGGCAUAGUGACACUGCAAACAUGGAGGGUGUCCGUGUGUGCAUGCAGGCCGACUGCAACCUGGUCAUGUACACCAGAGACUCCAAGGCUGUGUGGCACACCAACUCUGCCAAGGACGCCAAAAACAUGUGCCAACUUCGCCUGACGGACGAAGGGAAGCUGGUGGUGAGCCGAGAGUAUGACGAGAUCUGGAACUCCUCCAACUCACAAGGCAUGAAGUGAACUUUGAAAGUUCAGCUUUGUUGUUUCAACAAAUUUUCCUUUCUAUGUAAUUAAAAUCAUUGAAAGGCUUGAA